AUGUUUGAAGCAUUGCUUGAAAAGAUACACUUAUCGCAAUUGAAUAAAUAAUUUGAAAAAGUUAUACUUUUGGAUGAAUUAUUUAUUUAUAAUUGUAUAUUACUGGCUAAACUUGGCAAAUUUAUAGAUGGCUUGGACAGAGAAAACUUAAAAAUAGGUGUCUGAAGUGGAGAUAUAGUUCUUGAAAAUGUAAAAAUCAACGCACGCGCUCUAUUAAUGCUCCAAAUGCCUUUAAUUUUGAAAUACUCAUUUAUAACUCGUCUGGUCGUUAAAGUUCCUUGGACCAAACUUACCAGUUCUUCUGUAGAAAUUCAUCUGCAAGGUUUAUACUUAAUUAUUAUGCAGCAGCCUGAAGAAGAUUGGCACUAUAGCGAAGAGGGAGAAAUUCUUAAAAGAAAAGAAAUGAUAGAAUCGCACGAGCAAAGGUGGAAACAGCUUCAAGAACAAGCAGCCCUUUCUCCAGAAGAUGAAAUGAAACAAAAAGGCUUUUUAGAAAAAUUGACUGCUAAAAUCCUUGAUUAAUUAACUUUAGCUCUUCGUCCCUGACAGGGCGGGGAUUUUUACCCUAAAUGCUCAUCGUCCAUAAGGUCCCGGCAAAAACCCUUCCUCGCAGCCGCAGGAAGGGAUUCGCAUGGCCAAUCUUGACUUUCAUAACUCCUAAAGCCUAUGGUCCAUCACCCGGGUCGAAACUCCCAGCUUCUCGUUAGCCAGAUACACAUCUUGAGUCAUAUUCAAGGGAUAUAUCGUCUACUUGACGCUUUUGCUGGCCCUACCCUUUCAAUGAUUGUCUCGAAGGCAAAAACUCAAGUCCCAGAGUAGCUCCCUAGGUCCUGAGAAAAAGUAGUUCAAUAUACCAAAGAAUUAAUGACCCCUUUCUACCCUUUUCCAUCAGACUGGGCCGUUGCCUGUAGGUAUUGAAGAAAUAGAGUCAAGAGGUGGGGUGGUCUGCUGUCACCAUUUUAUUAUAUCUAAAUAAUCCUUGAUAAUCUCAAAAUCGUAAUUGAAGAUAUACAUAUCAGGUUUGAACACACUAUGAAAGGUAGAACUUUUUCAUGUGGAUUAACAUUGAAAAAAAUAGACUGCUUCACUACAAACAAUGAGUGGAAUAGUGAAUUCACAGAUCGGCAUCAGUCAGAAAUUGAUGACCAUAAUAUUUUUAAGUUGCUUGAAGUAGUCAACCUUGGGCUCUAUUGGAAAUCAGGAGAUAGCAUGAUGCUUAAUUCAUUGCAGUCUGAAACUGAAAUUCUAUUCUCUAUGCAAAAACAAAUAAAUAGCUCGGAAGUUCAAGAUUAUCUAAUUGCACCUAUAAACGUCACAGCAAAAAUAGUGCAUGACAAUGAUUUAACACAACUUGAUCAUCCAAGAUACCUGAUACAUUUAUCACUGCCUGAAAUUAUCAUAAAAUAUAACCAAAAGCAAUUCCACGACACAGUAAAACUUAUAGACUACUAUGCAGGCUUUAACAAAUUUAUUGUCAAAGCGUAAGACUCAUUUAGAGAAAGCACUAAAAAAUUCAAAGCCCUUUCUCCAAACUCUAAAAAACCUAAGAUUUUAUGGAAAUUUGCAAUAGACUGCAUACUCCGGACUAUAAAACAAAGAAAAAAUCGCACAGUCGAUCAAUUUGCUAUACCAAAAGCCACAAAAGAGUUCUACGAAUCUCAAUAUAAACUAAUGCACAGGAAACUCAAGAAAAAAGGCUCAAUUAGUAAAAAAGAAGAAGACCUAUAUAAUAAAAUUAUAUAUAUUGUGAAAUCAGAAGAACUCUGUGAAUGGACAGACCAAGUGCUUGAAGUCAUUCAAAAAGAAGAAGCAAACCGAUCUUCAUCAAAAAGUUCCGGAUGGUUUUCUUAUUUGUGGGGAGGAACUUCUGUGAUUCCUGAUAUUGAAGGAGACGAAACAUAUGAAACAAUUUUUAAAGAAAGAAGCUCAAUGGAUGACAAAAGUUCAGCUAUCCCAAAAAGCUUUGUGUGGAUAAAUUUUGAGUUUUUUUUGGGAAAAGGGUCUUUUGAACUGUGCAAGCCUUAUAAAGGAGAAAAUGGGAAACUGGAAAGCUUGGAAUUUAAAUAUGAACAAUUAAUUCUUCAAGGAGGGCUGAGAAAUCCUGGAGGUGAUUUUAUUUUUCAGGUAAAGGAGCUUACAUUGACAUCAUUGACUCCUGUUGACAGUCAAAUUGUGUGCCAGAAAUUUCAAGAUCGACAAAUGCCAAUAUUAGAAAUCAAUUUAUCUUUAAGCCCUUUAGAUUCAGACGCUGCUGCACUUUUUAAGUUGGAAUCUCAGCCACUUGAAGUAAAUUUCAGCUCUCAAGCUAUAGCUCAGGUUGAUUCAUUCUUUAUUGUUCCUAAAGCAGAAGACACCACAAAGACUGCAGCAUGAGAUACUUUGCAAGGGCUCCAAGAUUCCACACAAGAAACCAUAAUUGACCUAUUGCAUGGUGAUACAAAAUAUAUAAUCAACAUAAAAGCUUGCGGCCCUAGAAUAAACCUACCAUCUCCUACAGGACAAGGUGUAUUUCUAGUAAGUUUAGGCGAUCUCGAAAUAAAUAGCCAAUCCAGCUUUGCUGAAGACAUUUAUGAGAAUUUUGAUUUAAAAGUUUCAUCGAUAGAAUUCAGAUAUAUCACAAAUGAAAGUAUCUCAAUCCCUAUUAUUCCCCCUUUUGGGAUCAACAAUGUGGUAAAUUUUAUGAAAUCAAGCUAUAGGACGAAGAAAUGAGAACUAAAAGACAGAAAAUUGCAUGAAAAGCCUGACAUUAUAGUAUCUGGUGAACUACCGAAAUUGUCGAUUAUGCUGACACCUUCAAUUUAUAAUCAGUUGACAAGGAUCCAAGAAAUUUUCCAAUCAAAUGAUGCCGUGUCUUCAAGGCUGACUCUUGAUAAAAAAACAAUUAUGAAGCGUGCAAACCUUAUUGCUCGCCUCAAAAAGCAAGGAAUUGGAAUUCAAUCUUGGUAUAGCUAUUUUGCUGUUCUAUCAGGGGGCUAUAUCUAUUUCUUCAAUUCAGAAAAAGAGUCUGCAGCUUCUACUUAUUUUUACAUAAAAGACUGCAGCUUGAUUGAUAUUUCAGAAAAAAUAAAAGUCCCAAAUACGUUAAAACUUUAUAACCGAUAUGGAGAAUGCGUACUUUCUUUUGAAAAGAAACAAGAUUUCAAUAAAUGGCAAGCUGGCCUAAACGACCAAAUUUCAGAAUUUCAAAGUUUAUCAAGCGCAGCUGCUCCUUCUAAACCAAUUUUUAAAAAAGCUAAUAAAGCAUGGCUGGAAGUCAACUUUGGAAUUCCUGAUAUUUAUUUUAAGCUUUAUAGCGAUGAUAUUGUAGAAAUGUCAGAACUUUAUUUGAGCUCUAUUAAUGUUAAGUGUCUAAUGAAAGUUUAUGAUAUAUAGACAAUGCACCAUAAAAGAUCGCUAUUGCCAAGCAACAUACCGACCAGAAAAAUGUUUCCAGGGCGAUUGAUUUAUACAUUUUAAUUUUAACUAUGAAUAUUACAAUCAUAAAGGGAGAUUUGCCACUUCAAUUUGAAAAAAAAUUGGCAAGUGGAAUAUUUUUUAAAAUUAAAGUGGAUAGUCAAUAGUGAUCUAUUAAAAUGCAAGAACUAUAUAUGCAGACAUGUUUUUGAAAUCUAUGUAUAUAAAAGAUAUGCAAAGAGAAAGCUGGUCUGACCAUUUUAAUUAUUUAGCGAAAAGUAUAGAUGAAGGGGAUAGACUAAUAGAUAUGAAUAUGCAUUUCGUAUCGAUAGAUUCUAAUGCUUAUAAAGACCAAGAUCUGAUAUUAGGCAUUAAAUUUGGAUUUCUACAAGUUAAUUGAAACCCUGAUUUUUUUUAUAAAACAAUAGGUUUCUUUACAGGAAAUAAAUCUUCGCCUGAACAACAAAAUAUGCAGCCACAAACACAGCAAGAAUUUGAGCAGCUGCAGCCCAACCAUGUGCUUUUGAAUUUAAAUAUACAAGUUGGUGAGAUUGAUUUAUAUUUGAACAAUGUAAAGAAAGAAUUAUGCUUAGCUGUGGCGUCUGUUCGUUCUUUGAAUUCUGAUAUUUUAUUAAAAAAUGGAGGAAUGGAUAUAAAAGGCAGCCUAGAUAUAAGAAUUUCUCCAAGCCCUUGAAACUCUAACAAUUUUAUAGCCGCUUCAAUCGCUGUUAUUCUUGAAAACACACGUCACCUAAAUGACGAAAAGAUUUGGGAAGAUAUUUACACAAUCCAACUAAAAUUGCUCAAUAUAAGUUCUUUUAGUCAAAAAAUUGCAGAAGAUUUAAAGAUGAACUUAGACAUUAGAAUGCCUAUUUUAACUAAUGAUCAACUAGACAAUAUAGCCCCUGAAAUAUUUUAGAUCAUUAUUGGAAAUCCAUUUUAAUUUUCAGAAUUAGUUUGUGUUUACCAACUUUUUUGAAAGUAAAAAUGAAUUUGACAAAUCUUCGUUUAUGGUUUUAAGAUGCCUAAUCAGACUUAGACUGUAUAAGGCAGAUGUCCUGGACCAUAUUUUUUUGGUUUGUAUUCUGAUGGGGCAUAGCGAUCUAUUAUGGAGUAUAAAUUAUAUUGAUAUCAAUAAAGCCUAUACAAUAAAUGGGAAUUCUGAAAAAAUAAAACUGAUAUUCUGCCAAAAUGAUUUUUGCACGCUGCUUAAAUUGACCAAUAUAGAUUUAUCAUAUGACGAUCCCAACGCACAACGACUUUCCCAAUUGCCUCGAGUAAGCACUUUAUCUGAUCGUGGAGGGGUGUUUUUUAUCAUAAAAGUGAAAAUUCUGAUGCUCUCUAUACUUCUUAAUCAUAAUGGCCAAGACAUUGCAGAAAUAUUUUGCAUAGACCAAGUAGUGGAUAUACUUAAAUAUAAUGACGGAUCUAUGGAUUUAACCUUUGUAAGCUAUCAAACACUUGGCUUGCUAAGUGAAGAUAAGGUAUCUGAGGAGUAUUCUGAAAAUCAAAUUUCCAAAAAAAUUUUCGGAAUUCCUGGAUACUGCAAAGAUCUUGUCGAAGAAAACUCAAAUUUGCGGCAUAUUUUAUUUGCUCCGCUUGCUGAGUCAAUUGAUGAUUCCACACCUAUAAAAAUUCCAACUUUAAAAGUCGACCUUAAAAUAAACAUAGACAGCUCAAAAGACAUUAUAAUUGAAUUGCUGCAGCUUAGGAUUAAUGUGCAUUAUGCAGUUAUCCUUCAAAUUCAGAACUUCUUUAUGUUUGGCUUGCCAGAUUAUGAAAAAGAGACAGAAGCAGCCCUUGAAUAUAUGAACAAAGAAAGGCCAGUUGCAGAAAGAAUUUCAAAAAAUACUUUAUUUCAUUUUCCAGCACCCAAAAUGCUAGUAAAUAUCUGUAUAAGGCAGCCAAUCAUGAUUUUACCUUCUUUUGUUUCUCCAAGAGUUCUUGUUUGUCAAUCUAAUUUUAACGUGGUUUAUUUGAAAGAAAAAGAAGCAGAUUUCGUCCCUGGUGAAAGGCCAGUCUGUACUAUAAAAUUUGUUGCCCAUGAGCUAGAAAUAUACACCUGCAACUUCCAAGAAUUGAUGUCAAAAACCUCCUUCCAAAAUAUCCAAAAAAGACGAAUAUUAGAGCCCUUUCAAGUAAUUUACGAAAGUUUAGCACAAAGAGAAGACAAUACCGUUACAAAUAAUAUCACUGAUUUUAUUAUAGAAAAAAUCACUCUUAUAGUUUCUCAUCAAGAUAUAAAUCUUAUAAAUUAUAUAACAAAAUUUCAAAAUGAUAUGCUGGGAAGAGAUAAAGAUAUUAUUGAAGCUCUUGCAAAAAUAGAAAAUAAAGUAGAAGAACCAAAAAAAGAAAUGAUGAGGAGAAGCGAUACACUGGAUAUGGAAAAUGAAGUUGGGAAUUCACAAUCAGAAAGCUCUUCUACAACUACUUAUUCACUAUCAGGAGUUUAUGUAAUGAUUGUAAAUGAUGCUUUUGGGGCAUAUACUCCUGUUAUUGAUUUAAACAUUUAUGAGUUUACUGUCAAAAUGGCACAGAACUCUUCUAAUUGGAAUGCAGCAACAUCAUUGACUUUGAGAUCAAAUUAUUAUAACCCACUAAUUGACACCUGGGAGCCGUUGAUUGAGCUAUUUACGACCACUUUUGAGAUGGUCAGCUGGCCCAAUGGAAACCCUAAAACUCAAAUUAUAAUAAUGGUUGAUCGCCAAAUGCCGCUCAAUAUAAACAUCACAGAAAUCAUGAUUAAGCACACCUAUCAAAUAAUAGACUCCUGAAACAAAUCUUCCCAAUCUUCUCAUAUCAUUGACAACAAAGAAGUAGUCUCGCCUCUUUGCAUUGUAAAUUACACAGGCUGCAGAAUGGAAGUCUGAAAAACCAAAAGAAGCGGCAAAAAGCCUGCUAAAUCCAUCGAAGUCCAGCCAGGUCAAACUGUUGACUAUGAGGUUGACACAACAGAAAUGAGAAACAUUGACAUGUCUCAAGAGUUUUUGACCCUCUGCCUUUUCAAAUUUGACAUGCCUUUUCCUCCUAUCAAUAACAUCCCUAUCAACAAAGUACAAUCACUAGCUGUCGAAAUUGCAGGAUACGGAGAAGAGUUUCCAAUAAUCUUAGAAAUCGAACUUUUAGAUACCAGGAAGAUUUUGAAGGUAAGAAGCUCAAUUUUGAUUAUAAAUGAAACCAAUUAUGAUUUUAAAAUAAAAUUCAGCAGGUAUUUGGAGUCCGAAGAAAUGAUGUGCGAGUCAAGAGGGAAAUGCUCAGUGCCUGUUGAUUAUGUGAAACAUCUGAUCGGAUUCAUGCCAACACAUAUAAAUAGUGAGGACUGGACUAUGAUUCAUCUUCAGGAGUUUACAUUUCAGAAAAGCGGCCAUUCUACAGAAAUCAAAAUUGGGGAUUUUUAUAUUGCUUUACAUAUGGUUAAAGAUCCGCAGAAUUUACAUAAGAAAACCAUCUAUAUAAAGCCACCGAUUUUGUAUAGAAAUCAGAUGCCAUAUGAAAUAAAAAUGAAGCUGUUGUAUGGUCCAAGCGCAGAGAUGCAUGAAAUAGCGAUAUUUCAAGGGAAAUUCCAAAAAAUGGAAUUUCUGGGUAAAAGGGUGAAGCCCAGAUCCUAGGACGUAACGCCCAGUUUCACGUAGGCAGUUGCCCGAUUGGUCUAGGUAUUACCUGUAGACCUUGCUGGGCUUGCCCUUUCCAAAUCUGAAUCCUCCUUUCCUUCGAGGUAAAAACCAGUCUCAAAUUUGGACUCGGGCUAGGCUCUACCUCCUGCAGAAUUGAUUACCAUAGCAUUGCUGUCCAUUUCAAGGCUAGAAAAACCUUGCCGGAUAUAAUUAAAAUAUGUGUCGAGGAUGUAUGGCCGUGAGGCUAUACCUAGACGAAGACGCCAUAUUUUAAUUAUGAAGAGCAUAAAACAAGUAGAAAGUCAAAUGUAACUGCUCAGGUUUCUAUGAGGAAUUUUAAUUUCUGUCCUAAAAUAUUGCUAAUUUCAGAAAAAGAUGCAAGGCCUCCAAAAUAUCUCAAAAUGUAUGACAAAGAACGAAGAUCAGUAAAUAUCAGCAUUAAUUACAAAACAGAAGGGUCCCACAUCAUUACAUUUUAUCCGAUUGUAACAAUUAUCAACAAUACCUCAAUACCAAUUUCUUUUUACUUUAAGAAAAAAGGGACCAGUAGGGUUGUUCCAGGACAAAGCUUGGUAGACUGUGUGAUCCCCUGUGAAAAAACAAAGAAAAUCGCAAUCGGAAUGGGCCAUCAUAGAUCUAACUUAUUCAAAAUUACUGCAGUUGGUGCCAAAAACAUCGUUGAAUUUGAUGCAGAAUGCAAUGAUGAAGAAAUUAUGAUGAAAUAUCAGUUCGUUUACAGCGUUUAUCUUGCACAAAUCAUUAAAAACGAGUAUAUUUUUACCAAAAUUGUCACUGUUUCUCCAAGGUUUUUGCUAGAAAACACAUUAAACGAGGAUCUACUUAUAAGGCAGUUUAAAAGCUCUUCUCAAGAAAUGAUCCUUGCAAGGCAAUCAAAAGAACCUUUUCAUUGGCCAGAUUCCCGUGCAGAGCAUUUUUUAAAUAUAAAAAUCGGAGGGGGGCAUUGGGGCUGAACUGGGCCUUUUACAAUUUCGAGUAUAGGAAAUUUCAUUGUCCAAUGCAAAGAUUUAGGAGGCCUAAGUGAUUUUAAAAUAAUAAACGUAGAAGUCCAGCUGCAGGAUUGCACGGCUUAUGUUGUGUUCAGAGAAGAAACCAUUGAAGCCUACUCCUAUAAAAUUGAGAAUAAUACAAGUGCAUUUUCGGUAGCUGUUUACCAGAAAGACAAUCCUGCAGAAACUAGGUGAAUUGGGAAUAAAGAAUACUGCUUAUUUGGGUGAACCAGGCCUAUGGACGAGCAUGAAGUUGUUGUAGAAAUAUAUUAUGGCUCUCUAAAUGAACUUAUAGUUCAUUCUGGGUAUUCUUGCAAAUAUAAUUUAGACAAGAUAGGCCUGCACAAUUCUAUAAAAAUCAAAAAGACUGAAGAGCUGGGGCAUUUUGUGUUUGGAGCUAUUGUAAGUGAAGGCGGCACCAAGAUUUUGAAGCUAGAAGACACCCCAAAAGUGAAAGUGAAAAAUGCGCAUGAAAUUAUAUAUUCCCAAACUAAUAUCAGCAUCCCUUCAUUCGGGAUUUCACUGAUAGAGCAUAAUAAUGACAAAGCUGCAGAAAUAAUGUAUAUUUCUGUCCAAGGUAUCUCAAUUUUGACCCAAAUGACAAAAAGGCAGCUUAAAGCUGACAUGCUAAUUGAGAAGUUUCAAAUUGAUAACCAAUACAACUCAAAUGCGGUGUUUCCAGUAUUAUUAUGCCCAAGUCUGCCAGAGCUCAGUGUUUUUCACACAAAAAUAAUUCUAUAUUUUGACCCCAACUGCAUGCAUUUUGAAUUUUGUGAGUUUUCUUUGCAGUCUCUUACCUUAAAUCUUGAAAGUUCAAUUUUCAAAAUUAUUAUGGAAUUUAUAGGAAGAGCUAUAUUGCAAGAAUCUGUUGUUGAUGAUGCCCAAGUCAUUUUUGCGAAACAUGCAAGUCCGACAUGGACAGCUCAGGAGCAAGUUGCCCAGAACAAGAGGUUUUAUUUUGAAAAAUUAAAGCUCUGUCCUAUCAAAAUUAUCAUAACUUUUGUCCCUUUAAAGGAGACUAAAGAAAAGUCAGACCCUUUUAAUACAUUAGCAAAGGCUUUUGGGAUGGCAAUUAUUGCUAUUGAUUCAGCCCCUGUCAAAUUAAGGGCAGUAGAAAUGGACGACUGUUUUGGGACUCAAGCUCAAAUUGUGUCUGCCUUGAUGAUGAAUUAUAAGUCACAAAUUGUAAGUCAGCUGCUGUCAUUGAUAGGACAUGCAGAAAUACUUGGAAAUCCUAUAGGACUUUUAAAUAAUCUUGGAACAGGCUUUGUCGAUUUUUUUUAUGAGCCUGCCCAGGGUUUAAUAAACAGCCCUAUGAGUUUUGGAAAAGGAUUACUAAAGGGAGCAGGAUCAUUGGUUACUAAUACUGUCCAAGGAACCUUUGGAACAGUGUCGAAGCUGGCUAAUGGAAUUGCAACUGGCUUGACUUCAAUUACACAAUCCAAAGAAUAUAUUUUAGAAAGACAAAGAGAAAAAGCGAAAAACCGACCACAGAAUAUUAUUGAUGGCAUUGGCCUAGGCUUUAAAACAUUGUUCAAAAACGCGAGCUAUGCAAUUACUGGAAUUGUUAUUGAUCCAAUAGUGGCUUAUAAGAAAUCGAAAGCAAAAGGCAUACUUAGAGGUGGGUUUAGAGGUAUAUCAGGAAUUAUAGUGAAGCCUGUAGCUGGCAUUCUUGAUGCCACAAGUAAUGCAGCUGAAGGGAUAAAAAAUACUGCCGCCCCCUUCUCCUCUGCAAGCAAACUUCAGAGAGUGAGAGCCCCAAGACCAUUUUAUGGCCACACCUUUAUGAUCAAACCUUAUAAUGAAUAUGACUCCCAAGUAGUUCACUUGAUGAACCAGCUUAAAAAAGGAAUUUUUAUAAAUGAAAAAUUUGUAUAUCAGGUAGCAAGCAGAGACAUAAGAGGCCAAGAUAUGCUUUUUGUGAUCUAUAUCAUGACUCUCGUAUUAAUUGAUAUUAGAAACAGAAAAAUCUUAUGAAUUGUUGACAUUAACACAGUCCAACACCUUCAAAAAAUAGAUGAAGGAUUGGUUCUCCAUACCUCGCCAAGCCAAAGGAAGAAAACUAAAGGUAAGGACAGCUUUUUGAUUCCGUUUCCAGAUAAAGACCUUAUCAGAAAGCUUGACAUGAAAUUGAGAGAUAUCUUAGAGCAUUUUAAAUAA